AUGGCAGGUUGUGUGGGCUGCCCCGUCACCGCCGUGUCCCUACUCGCUACUAGUAGAAGGAAUCUGUGUCUGUACAGUCAAGGAUCCGGAUUGAUGCGCGUCUGGAUGGACGGAUCCAACAAUACAACAACCAGUCAGCCGCAUACCGUCUUUUCCAAUGGAACCACCCUCAUUCAUGGGAUUCGACACAACAACGGUCAGUCCUUGACGGCGAUCUAUGGAGGACGGCAAGUGGCACUGCUCCAAAAUGUUGUGGAAGAAAUGCCCAUUGAGAAUAUCCCACUGAUGCUGUCUUCGAGUUCUAAUACAGCAACCACAAAACAGAGUGACGCCAUGCAGUGCUCGGAUUGGAUUUGGGAUGUUCAGUGGGUGGAUUCUUCUACAUCAUCAUCAGAUUCUACCAGUACAUCUACUAGUAGCCAUAGCAAUAACAACCACCACUGCCUCCUGAUUGGAUUGGCUCACAACACUGUGGAGCUUUGGUCAUUCAACAAGAAUCAAGAAUGUCUCGUGGCUACCAAGUUGCAAAUCUGGAGGGGCGCCAAGCGAUGUUUGACGUAUUGUUUGGAUUUUCUCGUCGUAGAGGAGAACCAUAGUACAUCGGUGCAUGUGGCAGUGGGGACGGCCAUGCAAGAUAUCCGACUUUGGAGCCUGGAAAUUAUUCCAACACAACCACAGCAAGAGCCAUUGGCAAUAGAUGUGCCGGAACAGGCAUGCCUGCUUGGCCACAAGGGAGUCAUUCACAACCUGAAAUGGGUUCCGACACAACCACAACAACAAUCCUUAGUCUCGGCAUCGGAUGACCGAAGUGUGCGGCUGUGGAGGGAUCAUCAGUGUGUUUGGAUUGGCUGGGGUCACACGGCACGGAUAUGGGGAUUGGGGACGAUUAUUCUACAACAACAAGCAUCAUCACACGACACGACAAUCAUUGUGAGCACGGGGGAAGAUGCCACUACUCGUCUGUGGGAAUUGGAAACAGGAACACAAUUGGAAAUACUACGGGGCCAUGCCUGUCAGUGUAUUUGGAGUGUAGACACUAGCAGCAAUAACCAGGAUGGGGCCAUGAUUGCCACGGGAGGCAAUGAUGGAACGGUGGCACUGUACCAUGUGGAACCAACACAAUCAGAUUCCGUCGUCAACCUAGAUGGAAUACACCCAUCCACUUUGCUGGUGCCAGAUGACCGGCCGCCACCACCCAAAUCCAACAACCAUGGAGCCAACGAUGACCAGAAAAUGAGCGAUGCUCCAAAAAUCCACGAUUGUGCUACGACGACGACGACGUGUAAUGACAGCGAACCAAAAGCUAAAAAGACAAAGAAGCACAAAAAGAAGAAGAAAGCUGAUCCGGGCCAAGUCGUGUUCGCCAUGAAAUUCUACACGGCACACAAGCUUUUGCUGACUACACGGACCGGCAACGUAUUCUCCAUCGAUACUACAUGUAUGAAUACGUCGCGGCGUGCUGUUGCAGAUGACGGCGAACCAGAGUGGGAUUGCCUGGGAUCGUGGGCGUCAUCACCAACGACGAUUGGCACACAACAAGACAUUGAAAGUUCCGUGGACAGCACUGGCGGAUGCUCCAUGGCAGUUCACUUGGCCCGUGAUGAUGACAAGACGAAACGCGCCGUAUUAUGGGUCUCUGUCGGGACCACACAAGGAGAAAUUGUCUUGAUGAAGAUUCCAGACGAUGAUCCUAAUGGGUCCAGCACGACGGAAGCUACUGGAACAACAGAGCGGCUUGUCAUUCACUCACCAAAAAAGUACCGGUCCGUUCAAAGAGUUGCCUGGCUUGUUGGUGAUGCUGAUAACGCCGCCGAUUCCAAAAACGAGUCCACAACAACAAUGACAUUGAUAUCAUUCCAUGUGGAUGCUGUGCUGUGGUGGUCCAUCCAAGCGUCAUCCUUUGGGAAGCAGAUCACAGUGGAACCCACGUUGGCGUUGGAGAUGGGCACUCGGGCGAUUCCAAUCUGCUUCGCUCAUGAUAGCAUCCACAGCAAGUUGUUUGUGGGCGAUACCCGCGGCAAUCUGGCCAUGUUUGACGUGAACGAUCCAGCACAAGAAGCUGCCGACAACAAAUUCACCGGCAAAGAAGUUCGAACGCCAUUAGACAUUUUGAAUCGCUUGCACCAGAAGGAACAUGUUACGGACGUUGUUGUUAUGGCUUCACCUGUCACGGUGAAUGCUGCCGAGACCGAUCAAUCUGCAAAGGACUACCAACGCAUUCUCUCGGCCGGGAAUGACGGCUGUAUCAAUGAAACCUAUUACAAUAUUCAAACGGGAACCUUUUGCAGUGGGCUGUCAGUCAAUGCAUCUUCGGCCCUCACUGGCAUAGCGCAAGUCUGGGUUAUCCCAGAGGUUGAGGGAGAGAAUGUCAUUGUUGCUGGGUAUUAUGGGAACACAUUUGUGGUCUUGAAUGUUUCUUGUGGAUACGAACUUUUCCGAGUCGAUACCGGUGGACGACAACGUCUUCAUGACCACUACGCUGCUUGCCUUGAAAAUGCCUUUGCGUCAGAGGCUCAUGCCAACUCGCCAAUGAUGCUUCACAACAUGGCUGUUUGCAGCAACCGAAAGAAAGACGGCCGAAAUGAAAUCCUGCUUCAUCAAAAGGUGACCAACGCAGACCAGGCUGUCGUCCGCUGGCAAAGACAUCAGUAUACUUUGGGGGUGGGCUUGCAUGGCGAAACUAUAUACAGCGCCAGCUUCUUUCCGCAUCAUGUUCUACCCGAUGGAACGGUGAAGACGUGGGCGUUGGUGACUGGGAGCGAAGAUUGUGCGUCGAGAAUCUCUCUCUUUCAGAAUGGCACUUUGACCUGCACGAAACGAUUACCGCCACAGGAGAGUUGCGUUCGAGCUGUUUGCAGCUCAACGCACCAUGCAGAAGGGCAUACCACGACCCUCAUUGUGGUUGGCGGAGGCAAGCUGAUGCUUCAAUUCUUUUUGGUUCACAAUCGGCUUCUUCCGAACGAAGCUGUAAAGUUUGACACAACUCCUGCCAGUACCGGGGAUGCCUUGAUUAGGUUCAUGGGUAACGGGGUAAGCAGGGAGAAAGCAUCCAUCGACCAUAGAAUCAACUCAGUGUGCUCUAUACUGCUGGAGACAACUGACAGUACUGUUGGGGAUUCAGUUGCAUCUUGUCCUCUCGCAGUGGUGACUGCAGGAGAUUCUGAAGGAAAUUGUCACAUCUACCUCAUCACUGUUGAUAUUGGAGGUUUCAAGAAGCAGUCUUGGAGGGGACUGCCACUGCCGAAACCGGAUCUUGUCCGCAGACCAAUUCUUUCUGUAGAGAUGGUCAAGGUUGGAUCACAUCUCUUGCUGUUUGUGGGAACUACAGGCGGGGAUAUUGAGUUGUGGGAGCUACCUUCGGAUGCCAGUGCUGAAGAAUGGAAUGUUCUCCUUGAUCCCAAAGCAGCAGCAGCCACGACGUUUCCAGCGACUCGUCUGGCACAAUACCAUGCCCACCAAAUGGGCGUCAACUCAAUCUCUGCGUGCACUCUGAAUAACGAUACUGUGCUUGUUUGUAGUGGUGGAGACGACCAAGCUAUCACAUUGUCUGAGUUUCAAAUAGCAACUGCUACAACCGCCACUAUGAGGCGUUCCAUAACGGUGAGAGAAGCUAGCUCUUCGGCCAUCAAAGAAGUGCUUCUGUUGGGCAAGAAUCGCAUCCUGUCGGUUGGAUAUAGCCAACGGUUGGCCUUAUGGGAGUGCAAAUCACCGAAAUCCAAAAGUGACGAUCGCCCCGAUCCACUGGACGGUGAUGACACGGGGCUGGAGCUGGUGUGGACAGCAGCUUGUAGUGUUGGCGAUGUCAAUUGUAUGGCUUGCACUACCAACACAACCUGUGGACGCGUCGUGGCUGUGUGCGGAGCUGGGGUUGCUUUGUACUCUCUACCAAAGGAACCAAUUACAUGA